UAGAAGCUCACAUUGAGCGCCACAGGAGAGACGGGAGACAGGAGCAACAACAAUAUGGCCGCGAGUGUCCUUUGAUAUGUCAUUUCGUUUACCGGGAUGUAAGGCUCUCAGUAUCAUCCAAAAUUCCACGUUUAUAUACCAUCAGCGAAUAUGAUUAUCGUGUUCUUCCAUGUGCUCUAUCUCAUUGGGAAAAUUGUUUACGACAAUUAUCAAUGCAACAGACUGACAAAAAAAGAUAAAAAUGGCGACGACGAGGAGGCGUGCUCUUCGCCGCAACCGCCGGUCCCUCAAUGUAAAGUCAACGAUUGUCAACAAAAUAGUUACGUUCGCGACCUGUAUGACGCUGAUUAUGAAGACAACGAUGAUUUCCCCCGAGCACCUCGUUUCUCACCACCCGCUUUUAUACAGCGUUACCUCGCUGUCGUCAAAGUACUCACCGAUGUAAAAUAUCACAAAAAAAUUAAAAAGGUUGUAGAUUUUGGUUGCUCGGAACUUGGGUUCCUCGUUUACUUAAAAAAUACCCCAGGGAUCGAAGAAAUUCUUUGCAUAGACGUCGAUAGAGAGACUCUGAAUCGUCACAAAGACAAAGCAAUCCCUUUGAACGCCGACUAUUUACAACAUCGUCAAAAUCCAUUGGUGGUACACGUUUACGAAGGCAGCGUCACUCAUAGAGAUAAAAUUUUGACCAAUUGUGAUGCCGUCGUUGCCAUUGAAUUGAUCGAACAUUUGUAUCCUGACACGCUAGUAGAUGUUCCGUACAAUAUUUUUGGUUUCAUAAAACCCCUAGUCGCUAUUAUAACAACUCCGAAUGCUGAUUUCAACGUACUUUUUCCAAGAAUGAAAAAAAGUGAUAUGCGGCACUGGGACCACAAAUUCGAGUGGACCAGAGAACAGUUUGAAAAUUGGGCACAGAACAUCGUGACGAGAUACCCAGAAUAUAACGUGAGUUUUGAAGGCAUUGGUGCAGGACCCCCAGGAACCGAGGAAUUAGGUUGUUGUUCGCAAAUGGCAAUAUUCACGAGAGUAAACAUACCGUCCGAAGUAGAGAUGAUCUUUGGAGUUGAUGGUUUAUUGAAAAACGUGACAAGCCAAGAAUAUCCAUAUCGCGUGGAUAAUCGAUCAGAUGAGCAGAAAAUUUUGGACGAAGCUACUUAUCACAUAAGAAACUUCGCCCGAACGAACGACGAAGGUGCUGAGGAAUAUCCUUUGGAAGAUUUGAUGAAAAAAUUAGAAAGUUUCCAUAUUACCGGGGAAGCUUUGCGAGAAAUUUUGGUGAAUGGUGGUUGGACAAUUUGCGAGAGUGACGAAGGCCCCAUGAUUUUAUGUCCAGAACAAACGACAUUUUCCGACUAUGACUUUGAAGCGGAAAUGGAUGAACGAUGUCCGGAAUUCGACUGGAACACUGCCCUUUUUCACAAUAGCUCUGAUAACUGGCGGGAAAACAACGUCGAGGGAAAUUACGAUGAAUUUUGGGAUGAUGAUUAUGGGGUUCCAGCUAUUACCACCGGUAUAAACGACGUAGCAUCAAACGACUUGGUACCCGAGGAGGACUCGAACAUCCCUGAAGUUGAAUUCUCUUCGUCCGAGACCCUCGAUAUCAACGGUUUCGACGGUCUUGAAGUAACAUGGCCUCUCAAUCCUCCAUCCUCCGAGAAUCGUCUCUCGAAUUUUGAAUCGGAUCCGGAUUGGGAUACAGAGUCGAAUCGUCAGGAUUCUUCGUUUGAAAUAGGCGAGGCGAAAGAUUUGAUAUCAAACGUAGAAGCGAUCGAAGGAUCAUUGAGCUUAAUCAAAAGUGAAAAAGAAAAACUUGUAAGGAUAUCGGGUCUCUCGACACUUGAUCUUGAAACGAGCGGCUGUGAACUUGGUAGCAUUUGCAGUAUUAAUCUAGAAUGUUCGAGGAACGAAGCGCAUGAAACGUGUCCGCGCGAUAUUACGAAUCCGGAAUUCGAUUGUACGGAGCUUCAAGGCUCUUUCGAGGAUUCUCGAGAGAUCCAACACAAAACAGAAUUACCGGAGAGAUUUUGUCCGGACGAUUCAACGGAUAAAUACGUCGAAGAAAAUCCUCAAUGUUCGAGUUCACCUAAAAUUCCCGUUGCCGAGAAAAGUCAAAGUGAAACGUCGUUGGCGCACAGCGAAAUCGCUCCGUCAACGGAAACUGAUUCGAGUACAAGUUUUCGUACUGUUAAAAAGUGGUUUCCACCGGAAGUUAACGAAAUGUAUAGCAACGGUCAAGUCACGAAACUAAAAGGAGGUAACGAGUCCUCGGAUAUCGGGAACGAUGAACCGAGCUUAGCGAUCAGUGAUACCAAUCUGUCUGAGAGUUUCGUAGAGUCCGAGAGAAGUUUCAGUGCCGCACGUUUGGAACGACAGAGAACACCCGUAAGUUUAAGUCUCAGAAGUAACGUCAGUUGCGCAGAACUAUCAGGGAAUACAUCAAAAAUGCAAGAAGAUUCGAAAAAAUCUAACAAUACGGCUCAACAAAUCUCGAAUGAGUCUGAUAUUUUUCAAACACAAAUCUUUCACGGGUCCAAUGAUCAUCCGCAAGCGAGCGGUGCGAGCAGAGUCGAACAAGGGUUUUCCGUAUCUGAAGAAAAACCUGAAUGGCCGGACGCACCGGAAACACCUUCUAACAGUUGGUCACCGGAAAUAAUGGAUUCGGGCUAUCCAAAUUCCGCGUCUAUGCAAGAUACGACGCCCGAAUAUGAUUUAUCGAGUAUAGCACAGGACAGAAUAUCCUCGGAUUCAGAAUCCCCGAGUGUCGCCGAAGUUCCUCGUCCGGGUUUCCUCGAUCACGCCGAAGUGGAGAACGGUGAUUUGGCGAACAAUAAUCGCGACGGCCAAGGCAAUAACGUUGCAGCGCCCGAAGUAGAAAAUGAGCUCGACGAUGAUCUUCAACCGUUGAUCGAUGGUUUGGAAAAUGAUAUUGAGAACGAAAAUGAUAUUUAUGCGGUAGAGAAUGAUUUUCCUGUCUGGCUGUUGAGAAUUCUUGAACGAGGAAACGUAGCCGGGCGACGACCGAUUCCUCAGCUUCGUCAACAGGAUGAAAACCAAAGAUUGAACGUUAACGCUGCUGGAGACGCUGGACUUCCCGAGCUUGAUGAAGGUUUCGACAGCACAGACUCCGAAAACGACGAUGGCGACGCCGUCGGUGAUGAUGACGAUGAUGAUGAAGAUGAUGAUGAUGAUGAUGAUGAUGAUGAUGACGGAAACGAAGACGAGGAAAACCUUCACGAAUUUUUCGUCGAGAGCAGCGAGGAAAGCAUCGAUUGGAAUGUCAGCGGAGAUCACUAGGAACUCUAUCGAAUCCUGAUGAACAUCAAAUAAAUAUUAAGUUUCCAACAUUUUUUUGUUCAGUGAGUUCGUCAACUACUAUGGGUUCUUGCGAAAGCGGAUUGCGACGGGCGAACGUCGAUAGCUCCGAGAAAAAGGUUCGGUUCAAGCUCAAAAAUACCGCAUUCAAAAGACGCACGAGCGUUAAACGCACACGUGCAAUUUUAUCAAAAAAAAAAAAAGAAGAAAAAAAUACAAAGCAUUGUUCAUAUAUUUUCAUACGAUUAGGCCAUUAUUUGUCUUCAUCUAGAUAAUUACUCUUUAAAAGAAAAAAAAGUAAAACUCGACAAACAUUGUUUUGAGAUCUCGUCAGUGCCAUAAGUUAAUUUGUUCAAGAGUCUAUUAUUAUGUUAAGUUUAUCAAGUGCGCGUGUGUGAGCAUAUUUUUUUUUUUCCUUGAAUUUGAAAAUUAUUUUCUAUCUCAUAUAAUUACGUGGCUCAGGCGAAGACUCCUAAGAUUAGUGUUUAUUUGACCGUUGAUAUUUUUUAUGUCGAGGAAAUUGAUGUGUAAGGAUAAAAAAAUCCCAAGACUGAUACUGCAUAUCGAGCCUCCGAGUGAUGAUGCAUAUCGUAUUCUGAAGUGGCACGGAGAUUCUGGUUAAAUGAACAAUAAUAAAAAUUCAUUAUUAUUAA